AUGUAUCGUCCAGAGAUCGUAGCACCUUCCACUGCUCAUCCAGCUCUGGACAAAGCUGCCAACCUUUUUGGAAUGACGGUUAGGCGUAUACCCGUAAGGGAGGAUGAUCGAGUACAUGCCGCUGCUGUCAAACGAGCAAUCGGGCCACAUACAUGCAUGAUUGUUGCUUCGGCGCCAAAUCACAUCACAGGGACUGUGGAUCCAAUCGAAAAGCUUUCUGAGGUUGCACAACGAUUUGAUGUCCCAUUGCACGUAGACUGUACAUUAGGUGGUUUUCUACUACCUUUCAUGGAGUAUUGUGACUAUUCAAUCCCAACGUUCGAUUUUCGAUUGCCCGGAGUCACUUCAAUUGCCAUAGAUUUGCAUCGCUAUGGCCAAGCUCCACGUUCUUGUUCGGUUCUUAUGUAUCGCGACCAGUCGAUGAUGCGCCAUCAGUGUUUUUGCAAUAGUGACUGGGCUGGGGGUGUUUAUGCGACACCAACACUUGCCGGUGGUCGUGAUGGAGGCGCUGUUGCAACUGCAUGGGCUACACUUCUAGGCAAAGGACGUGAUGGUUACAUAAAUGCCUGUAACCGCGUGGUUGAAACUACCCGCCGUCUCGCCGAGCUGCUCUCGGAUAUUGAUGGAAUAACGCUAAGGGGUGCAGCCGAUCUUUGCAUUGUGGCAUUUGAAACUAGUAUUGGAGACAUAUACGUUCUUGUUGACUUUAUGACCACAAAGGGAUGGCAUGUCGAUCCUCUUUUAUCUCCUGAAGCAGCAAGAGUCCCAAUUACACUGAGAAUGUGUGAAGAUGGUGUACUGGAGGCUUUUGUUGAAGAUGUGCUUGAAGGUCUUCGUUAUCUCACCGAAAAUCCAACGAAAACCACCAAAACUUCGGCGUUUUAUCAUAUGUUGCAAACGGUAAGUUAUCGCAUGUGGCUUUCUAUUCGUUGA